CGGGCCGUGGCCGGAGGCUGGGAGGGAGGGCGGGCGAUGCCAGACGCCUGACUGGAGGCGGACCCAGCCAGCCAGCUGCCUCUCUGGAGCCCAGCUCUUGGGCCCCCUGCACUCACCUGCUCUUCCCGGGUGGCUGCCUCCUGCUUGUCCAGCCAUGCGGUGGCCGUGGCCCCUGGCUGUCUCUCUUGCUGUGAUUUUGGCUGUGGGGCCAAGCAGGGUCUCUGGGGGUAACCCCCUGCACCUGGGGAGGCACAGAGCCGAGACCCAGGAACAGCAGAGCCGAUCCAAGAGGGGCACUAAGGAUGAGGAGGGCAAGGGCGUGCAGCAAUAUGUGCCUGAGGAGUGGGCAGAGUACCCCCGGCCCAUUCACCCGGCUGGCCUGCAGCCCACCAAGCCCUUGGUCGCCACCAGCCCUAACCCCGACAAGGAUGGGGGCACCCCAGGCAGUGGGCAGGAGCUGAGGGGCAAUCUGACGGGGGCACCGGGGCGGAGGCUGCAGAUCCAGAAUCCCCUAUAUCCGGUGACUGAGAGCUCCUACAGUGCCUACGCCGUCAUGCUCCUGGCGCUGGUGGUAUUUGCAGUGGGCAUCGUGGGCAAUCUGUCGGUCAUGUGCAUCGUGUGGCACAGCUACUACCUGAAGAGUGCCUGGAACUCCAUCCUCGCCAGCCUGGCCCUCUGGGAUUUUCUGGUCCUCUUUUUCUGCCUCCCUAUUGUCAUCUUCAAUGAGAUCACCAAGCAGAGGCUACUGGGUGAUGUUUCCUGUCGGGCUGUGCCCUUCAUGGAGGUCUCCUCUCUGGGAGUCACGACCUUCAGUCUCUGUGCCCUGGGCAUUGACCGCUUCCACGUGGCCACCAGCACCCUGCCCAAGGUGAGGCCCAUCGAGCGGUGCCAAUCCAUCCUGGCCAAGCUGGCCGUCAUCUGGGUGGGCUCCAUGACGCUGGCUGUGCCCGAGCUCCUGCUGUGGCAGCUGGCACAGGAGCCCGCCCCCACCAUAGGCACCCUGGACUCCUGCAUCAUGAAACCCUCGGCCAGCCUGCCCGAGUCGCUGUACUCACUGGUGAUGACCUACCAGAACGCCCGCAUGUGGUGGUAUUUCGGCUGCUACUUCUGCCUGCCCAUCCUCUUCACGGUCACCUGUCAGCUGGUGACGUGGCGGGUGCGAGGCCCUCCAGGGAGGAAGCCGGAGUGCAGGGCCAGCAAGCACGAGCAGUGUGAGAGCCAGCUCAACAGCACCGUGGUGGGCCUGACUGUGGUCUACGCCUUCUGCACCCUCCCGGAGAACGUCUGCAACAUCGUGGUGGCCUACCUCUCCACCGAGCUGACCCGCCAGACCCUGGACCUCCUGGGCCUCAUCAACCAGUUCUCCGCCUUCUUCAAGGGCGCCAUCACCCCGGUGCUGCUCCUCUGCAUCUGCAGGCCGCUGGGCCAGGCCUUCCUGGACUGCUGCUGCUGCUGCUGCUGCGAGGAGUGCGGCGGGGCUCCGGAGGCCUCGGCCGCCAGCGGCUCGGACAACAAGCUCAAGACCGAGGUGUCCUCUUCCAUCUACUUCCACAAGCCCAGGGAGUCACCGCCGCUCCUGCCCCUGGGCACACCUUGCUGAGGCCUCGGCAGGGGUGGGGCGGGAGGGAGGGGCCACCACCCCGCUGGUGUCUGCUGUUCUUUCCCCAUAGGUCUUGCUUUGCUGCCUGCCUUGCUGUCUAGAGAUGGACUUGGUUCCUCUUGUCGAGGUUUGGGAGUGUCAAGCCCCUCCCCACACGGGGCCUUUGCUGUCCCUUGCGGGGCCUUCCAACCCUGUCCUUUCCACUGGUGGGCGGUGAUGCUUCUAGGUCCUUAGAACUGCCCAGAAACUCUGAGUCCCAGCAGCUGGGAGCCAGAACGUCACCUGCCCUCCCUAGGGUCCAGCCUUUCUUCCCUCUGUCCGCCUCGGAGCCUGACCAUACUCUAGAUGUGCCCUCCUCACUCAUCAUCUUCCUUCCCCAACCUGGGGCCCUAUCUUCAAACGGGGGCUCCUUGGGGGCCAGCCCAGUGUGGCUCAGCACACUCUUCUUGUUUGUUUUUUGGAGACGGAGUCUUGCUCUGUCACCCAGGCUGGAGUGCAAUGGUCCGAUCUCAGUUCACUACAACCUCCGCCUCCUGGGUUCAAGCAAUUCUCUCGCCUCAGCCUCCGGAAUAGCUGAGAUUACAGGUGUGCACCGUCACG